UCUUCAACUUCCAUCUGCCCUGGAUCGAACCCAGCUACCUACCUACCCAAAAUCCGCCAAUGCGGAAGUGUCGGUUCCCCGCGUCUUGCCCUCAAUCCCUCAACCAACAUCGGGGACAGAGUUCAGCCUUAAAAGAAGCAAAAGAGGAGCUGGAAGAGGGGCAAUCGCUAAUGAUCAUCAUCAACCGAAACCUUCGUUAACGAGAGAGCUGUCUGCUGCUUAUAAGAAGGUCUGCUCUGCUUUCUUCCUCCCAUCUCCUCAAAUCAAUCGAGAAAUAUUCCCCGUUCAUCAUGCCUUUUGACAACUUCCCGCGUAGUGCCUCCCUCAAGCCCGAGCCGUUCAAGGCUCAGGUGACGGAUUUGGAGCUGGAGGGGCUCCGCCUGCUGCUCCGCGUUUCCCCCAUUGGCCCCGAGACGUAUGAGAACCGGGUGACGGAUGUCAAGGACUUCACCAGCUGGGGCAUCACGCGCAAGUGGCUGGAAGAGGCAAAGGAGACGUGGAUCAACAACUACGACUGGCGCAAGACGGAGCAGCGGAUCAACUCCUUCAACAACUACACCGUCGAGAUUGACCACGAAGGCUUCAAGCACAAGAUUCAUUUCAUCGCCCUGCUGAGCCAAAAGCAGGACGCCGCGCCCUUGCUCCUCUCCCACGGCUGGCCCGGCAGUUUCCUCGAGUUCCUCGGCGCGCUCGACGAGUUCCGCACCAAGUACUCCGAGAAGGACUUGCCCUUCAACAUCAUCGUUCCCAGCCUGCCGGGCUAUGGCUACUCCAACGGCCCUCCGCUCGACAAAGACUUCAAGGUUGAAGACGCCUCGGCUGUCUUGGACAAGCUCAUGAUCGGUCUGGGCUUUGGCGAUGGUUAUAUCGCACAAGGUGGCGACAUCGGAUCCUUCAUCUCGCGCGUGCUCGGCACCACGAGCACUGCUUGUAAAGCUGUGCACUUGAAUUUGGCCAUCGGCAUCUUCCCCGAGAGCGACGAGGAGCUCAAGAGCCUCAAGGAGCACGAGCAGAAGGGCAUCGCCCGAACAAACGAUUUCGCCACGAUGGGCAAUGCUUAUGCUCGUGAGCAUGGCACACGGCCCGCGACCAUUGGCCUGGUGUUGUCCUCCAGCCCCAUCGGGUUGCUCGCCUGGAUUGGCGAAAAGUUCCAGCAAUGGACGCACGAGAAUCCGUCGAUGCAAGAGAUGCUCGACGGUGCCAGUCUGUACUGGUUCACCAAAUCCUUUCCCCGAGCCAUCUAUGGCUAUCGACAAUUCUUCGGCGCCGUGCCGCAGUUCUUCCACAACGAUCCGCAGUACUACUGUAAGAAGCCGUUGGGCUAUUCGUGGCAUCCCUGGGAGCUUGCUCCCAUUCCUGUUCCAUUGGUGGCGAAGACUGGCAACUUAGUGUGGCAUCGCGAGCACUCCGAGGGCGGGCAUUUCUCUGCUUGGGAGAAGCCCAAGUUGUUCGUCAAGGACAUGGAGGAUUUUGCCAAAGAAGUCUGGCAGAGCGCGAAGGGGGCGAAGAUCUAGUUGACGCUGCUGCGUUGUUCAGUGCCCAUGCAGCAUGAGGCUUCAUCUUGCUCUCGAUUUGCUUCAAGAUCUCAGUGCAAGUGAUAAAGUUUGGUGUGAAAUCAAAUACAUUACGUCCGCUCCUCGGGUAUGCACGAGAAGAUCGACGCGCCCAGACUCGCACGGCACAGCACAGCCUUACGUCACUUGACGAAGCCUCCGUCAACCCGGAACAUUUUGCUAUUCCCUACCAG